AUGUCAGGUAAUGAAGACUUCGAAACUGAAAUCAUCAACUGUGAAACCGACAAGGAGGUGACUAGUUCGGACGAGAGUUUCCUAGAAGAAAAGCCACAUUACUACACCCGAUUCAAGAUUCGUGAUCAUGUUAAAGCGCUAUUCAAGGCUAACGAUGGCAGAACGAUUGAUGGGAGGGAAGAAUGCAGAUCUUCCGAAGACAGGCCCUCACGCCAUUUGAUCAGCUGCCUGGCUACCAAAAUGAUUCUAUCGAAUGAGCAUGAUUGUCUCAUAUAUCAUCAUCUCAAGACCGAGAGGCAACUUAAGCGGAGGGCAAACUUCGAAGUCUUUCCUAGCCAGUGGUGUUUAUGGGUUCAAACAGAAGAAAACGACGAGAAGGUUGAGUCGAAGAUGAAAAUUAACAAUACGAAGGCACUAGGACUCAUGAUUGGAACGAUUAACGCAGAAUACACAAUGAGAAGAAAGUUGCAUUUGCUUAGAGCAGAGGUCACGCCAACAACAAAGAAUGCCUACUCGAAGCUGUCGAUCUUUAUGAAAGUCCUGCCAUCUGACGAACUCCAUUGCUUCCAGGAGUUUGCGAGAGUAAUCUUAUUAGACAAGAUUUCGCAGCCAAUGAGUAUAAAGGGUAUGUGUAUCGCUAAGCAAAAGAACCAUCACAACUAA